AUGGGGGCCACAGAUACAAAGAAGGAUGAGCUGGCUUUCUAUCAGCUCAAGAAUGUUGCACAAACUUGGUGCAAGAUUUGGCAGGAUAGGGAAAUGAGGGAGGCCAAGGUUAAGGAAUGUAUCAACCUUAAGCAGGGAUCUAUGACAGUCAGGGAUUAUUCCCUGAAGUUUGUAAAGAUGUCCAGCUAUGACACUUUCCUUGUGUCUAACAACAGGGAUGAGAUGAGUAGGUUCCUAACAGGAAUCACCGGAGAUCUGGAGGAGAAGUGUCGGGAUGCGAUGCUCCCCAAUAACAUGGACCUCUCUAGGCUGAUGGUGCAUGUCCACCAGGUAGAGGACAACCAAAAGAAGGGUGGCGUCAGUGAUGCUAGGAAGCCUAAGACUUAUGAUCAGGCAGGUCCUAGCAAUUGUGGCAACAGGAACAACUUCGGCGUCUGUGAGCAACCCAAAUUCAAAAAGGGCCAUCGAGUUCAAGGCAAUAAUGCCUGCUUCGGUUGCGGAAAGAACGGGCACAUGGUUAAGGAAUGCCCACAGCGCAGGGGUAAGACUGGAGGUAAUGCUCAGCCUACUCCUAAUCCACAGGGUACAGCAGUAGCUGAGCCUCCUAAGAGGAACAACUUCUACGCCCUGAAGGUCAGGAAGGAGCAAGAGAAGUCCGCUAAUGUGGUCACAGGGUCUACGCUUUUCUUUGUAACUUCUUUGCUUGCUCUCACCCUUGAGAUAUUUCCUGAAUUUUUGCAUGAUCCUAUAGUGGUUGGUACAAUUUUAGGAUAA